AUGUCCCAGGACUCCCUUGGAGUGCAGGCUCCACAGGAGGACUUCACGGGCAGCAUCAGCGAAGACAGCGGCGACAACCCCAACCGGAGACCUCAGGCCAAAGGCUGGUCUUCCGGAAAACGAGGACAGCCACCUCCCCCGCUCGAGCCCCGUCGCUUGGAACACAAGCCGGUGGCGAUUCUCGGGUUUUCCUGUGUGGAUUCAAGAAAACUCCGAACAGGCCGGGUCGGUUCCCCGCCGCCCGGCGCGCUUGGCGUCCCGUUGCCAAGGAGACGGACCGUCUCACCCACCCUCAAGGGGUGGUCCUGCUGCUCUUUCCUCUCCCACGCCGCAGCGCGGAGCCCAGAAGGCGAGCAGAGGAACCAGCGGGGCUCCUGGCGGUUUCAGGGCUCCUUGCAACGGGGGGGCGUCGGGGGCGGCGCCGUCAGCCACAUCUGCCCGCCCCCGCGGCGGCCCUUGACCCUGGCCGACGUCCGGCCGGGCAUGGAGAACGAGAGGCUGGGGGUCGUGCGGGACUCCAUGUUUCAGAACCCGCUCAUCGUCAAGGCUGAACUCGGCAAGCCCCGAGAAAGGAGCUGCAGUCUGCCUGGUGUUAAUUUUAACUAUGGACUCUACAUCCGGGGGCUGGACGGAGGGGUCCCGGAAGCCAUCGGACACUGGAACGUGUAUAAGCAACAGCCCACCUGCCACCAAGAGCUGACCCGGAAUUACAUCGCCAUGAACCGCGGGGCGGUGAAAGCCGGCCUUGUGACCGCCAGGGAGAAUGUCCUGUACCGUCAGCUCAAUGACAUCCGCAUCAGCGACCAGGAUGACCGGCGCCUGAAGAAGGAACCGCCCUCUCUCCCGCCAAACAUGACUUUCGGGGUCCGGGCACGGCCUUCGACGCCCUUCUUUGAUCUGCUGCAGCACCGGUACCAGCAGCUGUGGGUACAGGAACAAAAGGCCGCCCAGAAAGCCAUUAAGCUGGAGAAGAAGCAGAAGGUGAUUCUCGGAAAACUGUACGAAACCCGGAGCAGCCAGCUGAGGAAGUACAAGCCACCGGCAAAGCUGGGGGCCCUGUGGCAUAUGCCUCACUUCCAGAAGGUGGGUCCCCAUCUCGACACGUUCCCCACGGAGGCCGAUCGCCAGAGAGCGUUCAGAGCCCAACGGGAAGAGUGUGCCGUGCGCCAGGGGAAUCUGCGGAUGGGCAACUACACCCACCCCUGA